CAGUUUAUAACGUGAGUUGUGUUUUAUGGAGGUUGUCAAAGUUAUAAUGUCUAAUUUAUUUGAUUAAGAAUAAAAGACAGAGGUUAACAUAGUAUAUUUACGUGAAAUGUUCAUGAAUUGAAUAUUUUAAUGUAGACCAAUAGAGAUUAUGACCCGAGAAUAGCGUAAAUCUUCGGUCAUUGUGAGGUGUCCAUUAUUUUAAUUGAAGCUGACGAGUUGGAGAAAAUUGUCACAGAUUAGCUUAAGACUUUUAGAGUUAGGCCUAACUGGUAUAUUACAAUCUAGAGUUAAACGCUUACGCUAUAGUGAAAACAUUAAUUCUAUCCUACAACUGUAUUAAUUAUGGCAGACCAAGUAUCGGCAAGUCUAUUGAAAGAAUUGGAAGAAGCUGCUAGCGUUCUCUUGGCCCCUCCUAUUCAAGUCACUGGAGAACAGCGUCAUGCAGCUGAAAGUAUUUUUCUCAACUUUCAAAAAACAAAAUCUCCCUUCCAAUUGUGCAGGUACAUUCUUGAAAACAGUAAUGUUGAUUACGUAACCUUUCAAGCAGCAUCACUCUUAAAGCAAGCAGUAAUUCGUGAAUGGAAAUUACUAGAAAAAGUGGACACAGAGAAUCUCAGAAACUAUCUUCUCCAAUAUGUCAUUCAGCGGCCAGACUUGCAAAGUUUUGUGCGAGAACAGUUGCUACUUGUGGUUGCAAUUAUGGUCAAACGUGCAGAUGUAGACAGUGAGUCAUCACAAGUUGUUGAGAAUGUGUUGUCUGAGGUUUCACAACUGAUCAGUAGUGGUGACCAAAGAAUGCAAACAAUUGGAUGUUCGAUUGUCAAUGCACUCCUGAAUGAAUAUUCUAGUACUACUCGAGCAACUGAUGUAGGCCUCACAUGGGAGACACAUUUGAUAGCCAAGAAAAAAUUUGAAACUAUGGAUUUGAAAAAGAUAUUCCAAUAUUGUCUUCAAGGCUUAAAUGAACUUGCCAAGAUUGGUCGUCCACUUCCUACAGAAGCAGCUACUUUGUUCAAAAAAUUUCUUUUAAUGGCAGAACAGGUAUUAACUUGGAACUUUCAGUUAGCAAUGCUGUUGCCACGAAAACUAAUUGGUUUGUUUGAGGCACAACAGAAUCCUACAUUGAGACCAAACUCGGAAUGGAAGGAAAUUUUGUUAGAUCCAACUAUCUUGGAGCUUUUCCUGAAGUUACACUGGCAAGUUCGUGACAACCCAGAUCUCUGUCAUCACACGCUACAAUGCCUGAACCAGCUGGCUUCAUUAAAUGGUGUUGUAAUGAGUGACAGUAGUGACAGGUCUCGCUACUUAUCCUGGUUUGUAGAAGGACUUUUGAAAUUGUUGACUAGUGAUAAAGUCAAAGAGCAUGAAGCAGUUGGGCUAUCCAAUAUAAUCAGUAGGUUAGCAGUUUUUUUCCCACCACAUGUUUUGAAUUCACUGGCAACUGAGACUGUGAAAAAUUACCUUCAAGAAAUAACUAAAUUAAGCUGUCAUUUUGCUGAAGGAGCAGCUCAGGAAGAAGCACUUCACAGAGAUGAUCAGGUUUAUAUGGAAGCUUUUGAGCACCUGUUGGAUGCUUGGGUUGCUAUUCUUCAAGAUCCAAACAAUCUGGCCGAAGAUGUACUGAAAGAAUCAGCAAUUCAUAUUUUUAAUGCUUAUUUACAGUUUCAUCUUGCUCCACCAGGUGGUCAGAGAGGCUUGAAUGCAAAGGAGGAAAGCGAAGAAAUUGAGGAGAUAGAAGAAGAUGAUCGCACAAAGUUUCGAGACCAACUUUCUGUAAUUGGAAUGUUAGGACGACAAGCUUUGGAACAUUGUGUUCCUCUACUUUGGAGUUUGUUAGAAGAUCGAGUCACACGGCUACAUGGUCAGCUUCAGCGUAUACAUCAACUUGGAACAAUACAAGAAGAUUCCUCUGUCCUUGACAACCUCAAUGAAGAUAUACAUUGGCUUGUUCUUAUUACAGGACAUGUACUAGCUCCCUUCAGUGAAGGAGAAACAUCUCUUAUUCCUCCAGAUGUGGUACACUACUGUGUUCAACAAGCAGGUCGAGUCAGUCUUAACACAACACUUCAGGUUCUUGCCUCACCAAGUCACAGAGCAGCUGACAUCCCUGGUGUUGACCAGAAUACUGAUCAUGUCGUUCGUCUAAUAGCAGCAGUGUUCCGCAUGUGUGAAGUUGAAAAGCGAGCUAUAGAGGCCAAUCUAACACAUGUUCUGAGUCCAGAGGUUGCUACAACUCUAGUAUGGUACAUCAAAAGAUGGGCUGUAACUUACUUGCUACCUAAUGAAAGCUAUUAUACAGAGAUGAGUAUGACGCUUACUGGGGCAUUUGGCAAAGAUUCAGAAGCUGGACUGUGGACACUGAAUUUCCUAAUAUCCAAACUAGAAACCAAUUUGACACGCUGGAGCCAUGAGCACAAGCUGGCAAUUGAAACUUCUCAGACACUGGUGUCUGUAUUAAACAACGUAGAGAGGGGAAGCCGAGCUAUUCAGUGUGAGGGCUUGAAGAGUUUAAUAAACAAACAUGCUACCAACCAAUUCCAUUUGCUUCCUGCUGCAGCAAAACGUGGAAUUUUGAAAUCACUUGUCAUUGUUGGAACAGCUAAUCAGGAUAAAGAAAGCAAAGAGCAGUACUGGAAACACUUAAUUGAACCAUUACAAAACCGCAUUAAUGCUGUCUUCUACAAUGGUUCCUUUCAUCAGAAUUUCCACAGAGAGCAAGUGAAGUCUGAGGUUCUUGAUUUGAUAGAGUGUGUGAUUGGUGUAGCUGAUGGCUGUACUCUUCAGAACCUUUCAUCACUUUACCCAUUUAUACAGCCUGUUUCAGAAGAAUUUGUAAAACUGAUGGAUGUCUAUCACAAUUACAGUGAUGUCACUGACAUGAUUUUUCAGUUUUUUUCAGUUUGUGCAAAGAGAGUUCUAUGCUUUCUUGACAAGAAGGAUUCCAAGAAGCUCUAUGAAAGUUGUCUUUCAAUGAUUCAAAUUUAUGCAAAACACAAUACUGGGAAAAUAAGCCAUGAAGCGAGUGCAGAGGAGGAACAGUACCAAGACAUUUUAGUGUUGAUGCAGCUUCUAACAGAUCUUCUCUCCAAAGAUUUUGUGGACUUCUCUCCAUUCAACCCCAGUCAAGAAGAAGAAGAGUCUUCAGUUUCAGCAGCAGAUGUUGCUCUCUAUGGAUUGAACAUAAUCAUGCCUCUGAUGAAUGCAGAACUUUUAAAAUUUCCUAACUUGUGUUUACAGUAUUUUAAACUUAUUACAUUUGUUUGUGAAAUCUAUCCUGCUAAGGUUUGCCAGUUACCAGAAACUUUGUUUAAAAAUCUGAUUUCUUCUGUUGAGCUUGGUCUUUCAUCCUUCACUCCAGAAGUUGCCACACUUUGCUUGGACUUUAUUACGGUACUUGGAAUACACAUCAGAAGAGCAGGACCAGAAGCUACGACUGUAAGUGAAGAAUUAAAGCCAUUUCUAAAGAUAGUUUUGGACAUGGUCUUAUUUCAGCCAUUGGACAGUGAUCUAUCUCAGACUGCUGGUACUGCUCUUUUCACAUUGGUCUGCUGUUUCCAGAACGAAUAUCAGGGCCUCGUUCAGGCCCUGAUUGCCAGCCAGCAUAAUAGUCAAAAUGCACAAAGACUUAUUAAUGCUUUCAAUGAACUCACAGAGGGAGUAAAUUUGGUUCUUGAUCGACAUAAUCGUAUAAAAUUCAAAAUGAACUUUGACAAGUUUACAACUGAAGUGAGAGGGUUCAUGCUGGUCAAGUAAGUUUUGGAGAUUGAAGUUGCAAGAAAGAUGUGCAUUUUUAUAUAACACACAAAUACAGAAUUUCAUGCAGUUAUAGUAAAAUUUCUCAAACCAUGUAUUGAAGUUUUCUUUGAUCAUCUUUCAUUCAUUUUUUUUUUUAAUUUCAACAAUCAUUGAAAUAUUUUGUUUUCUUGUACACAUCAGUGGUUGUGGUUCUAUGUUAUCUGAAAAUAAAAAGAUAAUCCUUUUUUUUUCAGUAAUACUUUUAAGUUUAUAUGUAUAUUUCUGAUAACAAAUUGGGUAUACUUGUACGAGUAACUGAUAGUUUGUGUAGUGAGAAAUGUGUAAAAGCAGGCAAGAGAAUUUCUGCUGAUUGGCAGAAUUCAACUUAUUUUGACCAUCACCAGUGGUGGUGGGGGUGGGUGCCAUGAUUUGUCUGCAGCUGAGAAGAGAAAGCUUGUGGGAGGGUACUAAUGUAUAUGAGUUAUGUGCUGGUUAAUAAGGAGAAAGUGCAAGACAUUUUUAUUUACAAUUACUCAAGUUACAGAAUAUUUACCCAAUGAAAAAUGCAUUCAUAUUAAAAUAGGCCUUUACAAAUCCCGGGUGCCAGGUCACUGUGGUGACUAAAAAUUAAAUCAAGGCACCUAGUAAUUUCUCCCAUUUUAUUCAUGUGUAGGGCUGUUCUAAAUAAAACUUGAAUCUAGAACAGUUCUGGACUCUUGGAAGUCCAAAACUAUUUUAACAUUCUUUGAGUUCUAAGUCAAACUUUGUUUCUAUGAUUUUAAUGGUGGAUCCAGUACGUUUUCAUAUUUGUUUCAGGAAUGAAGCACUGCGGUUGCACAACACGUUACUAAUUUUGUAUUUCUUCUUUCUCUCAAUUCAACCAAUCAUUGCACAUGUUUAGACUGAGAUGGGACCAAAGGCAGUUAGUUCAGGCAAUACUAUCAAGUGGUUGUUGAUAUCAUGUGAUUGUUAGCAUGGACACGAUGCUGUGAAACUAAAUAAAUAUACACCGUAGCCCCCUAUUUCCCAGUACAAACAGUAGUGAAGUUGGAUUAGACACAUCUGGCUUCUGAGUUUUUCGGCUGGUUCCUAGAUUUGAAAAUAUUUGUUGAAGCCUGUAUUAAAACAGUUAAGUGUCAGUAAAAUUAAACUUUAUUGGUUGUCUCAUGAUGGUAUCCAAUGCUGAUACUUUAAAAAAUGUAUCAGUUACUUUCAUUGUUUGAAUGGUGGCAAGAAAGCAUCAGUUUGAAGUGACAACUUGAGAAAAAGUUAUUUUUAAAAUUAUUGAAAGAAACAAUAAGACUUAAGUCAAUAAAAUUGAUGAAUAUAAAAAUUGUUUUUUGUAGGCCUGACUAGAAGAAAACUAGAAUUUUCAGUAUUUAUUGUAAACUGAAAAUAUAAGUAUAUAUAUAUAUAUAUAUAUAUAUGUAUGGC